AUGAUAAAUUUAAAAAAUAAAUUAUCCUUUGAAAUUUAUGCUAAAAUUUUAUUUUAUGCUAAUUCUAUUGUCGAUAAUAAUUUGUCAGUUUUUAUUGACGAUUAUUUAAUUCCAAUUAAAAAUAUUGAUCAAUCAAUGGAAACCACACCUUUAAUUGGUAGUUUACAUUUAGUACUCAAAGAUAAAAAAAGACUUCCCAGAAAAUUUAAUGAAAAAAAUAUUAAAUUUAGAAGUAGUAUGAAUCCUGAAGGAUUUGGGGUAGAUAAGGAUGGUAGAGAAUAUAAAUAUAACAAAUUCUCAAAUAGAGAUAAAAAUGGCAUUAAAUUUUUAUUAAUUGAAUGUUAUUUAUAUUUUCAAAACAUUGAGAACAAAAUAAUUCUCAGACAUUUCAUUGAAAAUGAAAUUUCAAUUGAAAAUCCACCAUUAUCUUCAAUUAAAAUUAAAAAUAAUGAAAAUAUGGAUAUCCAACUAAAUGAAGGAUUCACUGGUUUGAUUGGAUCAAAUAGCAGUGAUAUUCCUUUACUUUUAACCGGACCUAUCUACUCUCCAAAUGAAGAUGAAGGUGAACCAUCAUUCAAACCAUUAGUAAAUUAUGAUGAAGAUAGAUCAUGUAUUCAUGAUUAA